GAAGGGACGCGCAAAUCUCUCCCGGCUGCGAAGAGGAAGGAAGAAAGGCCGGAGCGCGGAAGAAGCGGCCUCCGGACGUGGCUUCCCUUUUACACAACCGCCGUCGGAGUUCCUUAUCAUCCCUUGCCAUAAUCAUGAUUAAGUUGGUCUGGAGCAUUUGGAUCUUCUCUCUCAUUGAAGCAGCAAGUCUUUCUGCACAACACCUUCACUCGUUCUGUGAUGCCUCUCAUUUUUGUGACUAUUCUGCAAUGGCUUUAGGUGCAAUUCCUUCUGGUCUAACAGAUGAUAUUACAGGACUGAAUCUGGCCUCCAAUGCUAUAGAACAAGUUGGCAAGAUGGACCUGAAGUUUGCUGUCAAUCUCAAAACCCUUCUGCUCCAUUCUAACCGCAUUCAGACAAUUAAUGAUGAUGCCUUUCGUUUCCUUGUAAAGCUGGAGCACUUAGAUCUAUCAAAGAACAAUUUAACUCACUUGUCACCUUCUUGGUUCAGACACCUUUCUUCUUUACAGCAGUUAAACAUCAAAGGUAACAAGUACUCUGAUCUAGGGAGGACUCCACUUUUUUCUGAUCUGCAAAAGCUGAGGUUUCUGUACUUGGGAAAUGAUGAUUACUUUUCUACUCUGUGGAAACAAGACUUCAAAGGAAUUUCUAUUCUUGAAGAACUGGAAAUUAAGGCACAGAACCUUGGACAAUAUGAGCAAGGAAGUCUGAAAUCUAUCAAGCACAUAGAUCACUUUUUAUUAAAUGUCCACUCUCUUGCCACUUUAAUUCAGGUCAUUCAUGAUAUUACAAAUUCUGUGGUGUGUCUUGAACUGAGAAACAUACAAUUUCAGAACAGUAAUGACAUGAACCAAUUUUAUCCAUUGGGUUCCUCAGUUGUCCAGAAAGUUAUCCUUAGAAAUGUUGUACUCUCAGAUCAUUCUGUUGGUGAGAUGGCUUCCAUCCUUACAGGUCUAAACCAACUUCAUGAGCUGGAGGUGGUGGAUAGCAGAUUCAAUGGUAUUGGGGAUAUGAGGGAACUGCAAGGAUUGCACUCUGUAAGAGCCCUAGAUGUAAUUACAAUCCGAAAUUUAACAAUUGGUUUGUUUUACCAAUUUACAGAUCUUUCUAGUGUAAUGCAUCUUGUAGAUAAAAUUGUCAGACUUACAAUUGAAAAUACAAAAGUUUUUAUGGUGCCCUGUGAACUUGCAAAAUCAUUUCAUUCUCUGGAAUAUCUAGAUUUGAGUGUGAAUCUACUGCAAGACUUAACUAUGCAACUCUCCUUUUGUGAGAAUGCCUUCCCUAAUCUCAGAACUUUAAACGUUAGUAAGAAUGCGUUGUCUAAUUUAGGAACUGUAGCAACAAGUGUAGCUCAUCUAGGAAAUUUCACAACCUUGGAUGUGAGCCGAAACAACUUUGGUCAAAUGCCAAAAUCAUGUACAUGGCCCCGAAGUCUGAAAUUUUUAAACAUCUCUGGUUGUAAAGUAAACAGUCUUACUACGUGUAUCUCUCAAAAUCUGGAAGUACUGGAUGUUAGCAAUAAUAACCUCAAUAACUUUAUACUAAGCUUGCCACAGCUACGAGAGCUUUACAUUACAAAUAACAAAUUAAUAACCCUGCCUGAUGCUUCGUUCAUCUCUAAUGUUCAACUCAUGGUGGUUAGAGAAAACAAACUGAUGGACUUCUCUAAGGAGCAACUUGGAAAAUUUGCACAACUAGAGAUGCUGGAUGCACGUACUAACAGCUUCACCUGCUCAUGUCAGUUUCUCUCAUUUGUUCAGUCUCAGGAAGGAUUAUCCAAGACCUUGGUUGGUUGGCCUGAGAACUACAUCUGUGACUCUCCAUCCACUGUAAAGGGAAAGCAGGUACAAGUUGCCCUGUUGUCACUAACUGAAUGUCACAGGACAUUGAUGGUGUUCCUGAUCUGCAUUUUGAUGCUAGUGAUGCUUAUGGUGCUGGCAAUCCUUUGCUACAAGCUUCAUGCCAUCUGGUAUAUGAAAAUGACCUGGGCCUGGCUUCAGGCAAAACACAAGCCUCGACAAGACCCAAAUAAAGAAAUCUGCUAUGAUGCUUUUGUUUCCUACAGUGAACAUGACUCUGAAUGGGUAGAGAAUGUAAUGGUACAGGAACUGGAGCAAGCUAAUCCCCCAUUUAAACUCUGCCUUCAUAAAAGGGAUUUUAUGCCUGGCAAAUGGAUUGUGGACAACAUCAUUGACUCCAUUGAGAAGAGCUAUAAAACUCUGUUUGUGCUGUCCGAACACUUUGUACAGAGUGAAUGGUGCAAGUAUGAGCUGGAUUUCUCCCAUUUCCGGCUGUUUGAUGAGAAUAAUGAUGCUGCAAUUUUGAUCCUUCUGGAGCCUAUUCCAGAGCAAACCAUUCCCAAAAGAUUUUGUAAGCUCAGAAAACUAAUGAAUACCAAAACCUACCUUGAAUGGCCAAGAGAUGACAAUCAACAGCAAAUAUUUUGGUUUAAUUUGAGAACAGCACUAAAUUCAUAGGAAUGAGGAGUAUCUGACAAAAUUGAAGCACAGAGUCCUUUCCAGUAUCUAUACGUUCACGUCUGCUGUAAAAUAGAAAUAGCCAAUUGGUAGUUGAGGGACUGGCUUGGCCCCUGGGUGAUGGCUGUAGAGACCAAAAAAAUCCUUGUUGGCUGCUGAUUUCUGAAACAAAAUGCAGUCUGCUCACCAGCAUUAGCAGGUCAUUCUUGUAUAUGAGCCCAAUCACAGGCAAAUGGGAGUAGCUGAAGUACAUAAAUGGUGGAAAUCUCAAUCUCUCAUCAAUUCAAGGUGUGGUCACAUUCUCCUUUAGUUCAGUCUUACCCACGGUUUCUGUUUGGAUUUUAUGAGCACGUCCAGACAACCACUAAGUUCAGUGGUGUAGUGGCUCUGCCUUGCUCCUUGACCUUUCAGGCACACCUGAAAGGUUAAUAGGGAACCAGGCUCAGCAAACUUUGUUCUGGCCCAUGGAAAAAUGCUAAAUUCAGUAAAUAUGAUUAUCGGUCUUUGCUUUCAAGCACAUCCCAUGCUCUGACCAAACAGUUUUGCACAACUCAGCUAUUCACCUCAGACAAUGAUUCAUGAUUUGACUUAAUAAAAGGCUGGACAAGACUCCAGCAAGGCAGCUCAUGCCGCAACCCGAAGACUGAUUGUCGAGUCGUUCUUUGCUACACAGUGGAAAUUCUUCUCAAUAAUAUAUAUAUAUAUAUAAAUGCAACCAUACUACUCCUUGUGAAAGACGCACCAGUAUUGUAUUCUCAUCCCUUACCUAAUGUUAAGAAUAUCUUGGUUUGAAUAUCUGUUGACGAAAAUUUUCUUAAUAAAAUAUUUCACAUCUGAUAAA